AUGCGUGCUUACACCAUCAACGCGAUACUGUGUGCGAUGGCCGUUUGUGAUGCUUUGACAAUGACGUCAUAUUUGAUCUACAUUCUUAAAUUUCGAAUUUUCGACUAUGGUACAGUGGUCGGGUACUCCUAUCCAUGGUUGGUAUUCUUGAUAGUUCAUGUGACAUCAUCGAUAGCACUACACACUUGCUCACUGUAUCUCUCAGUUUCAAUGGCAUAUAUUCGAUGGACAGCGCUCGAUCGAUUAGAUGCCAAGUGGAUCAAUAAUAGUGCCGUUAGGCACAUUUUCUUCUUCACCGCAUUUUCUGUCACGUUCGUCUCUAUACCUACUUUGAUGUACGACAAUCUCUAUACAGUACAGUUAGACGAAAUUGAUUUCAACGGUUGUACAUUAUUUCGAGCCAACUUAUGGCUUACCGGUAUCUUCUUCAAGGCCGUCCCCUGUGCAUUACUAUUAUGGUUCACUAUAGCUUUAAUUUGGAAAUUGUGCGAGAUGAGUGAGAAAAGGCGACAGCUCAGAGGAGAAGGCAACACGAGUAGCCGAAAAUGUGCGAAAAUCAGCAUAGACAAGACGACACUAAUGCUUAUCAUCAUGCUGCUUGUAUUUCUCUGUACGGAAUUACCUCAAGGGCUACUUGCGGUCUUGUCAGCCAUGUAUCCGACUCACAUUCACACAAUGGUCUAUAUACACGUUGGUGAAAUCUUGGACCUGCUGUCGCUCGUGAACUGUCUCACAUCAUUCGUUUUAUACUGCUGUAUGUCAAGCACGUAUCGCUCUACAGUACGGGCAUUAAUAGUGCCAACUCGAACGACGGUUGCACGGAAAAACACACUUGCCGCACAGUCGUUGAGACUUCUGAUGUCC